GAAUCCAGAUGCUCCAAAACCGGAAGUACACCGAAAUAGACGCAAUAAGGUGGAAACUGAGAUAUUGCUACAGCAACAUGCAAUAGGAGGGUCGACACAGUUAAGGCUUUGACGUUUUUUUCAGAGAGACGCCGAUAUACAGUUGGUAUUUGGCGACAUCGUACAUAGUUACCAGCGUGGACGAAAUGUCAUAUCACAGUUUUUAAUCCUGGUUACUAGCUAGCUAACGUUAGCCAGCUAAAUUGUUGUUGAUUUACCAGUCGUCCAUAUAGCUAGCUAGCCAAGGAGGAUACAUAUCAAACGUUACCACGGUUUUAGCUACAAAUGAGAUAAUGAAGUUAACGUUUUCUAAGUAACUCUAAAUUAAAUGUGCACUAGGCAUAAAUCGCUGCGCCAUUUCCUGCUUGCUUGCUAAAAUUCUAAUAGUUCGCCUAAUUUCAGUUUGUGAUGAAACAGAAUCAGUGUACCAUAUAAACAGUCGAUAAAUAUAUUUUCAAUAACCAAAAAUAUAGUAUUUUCAUCUGUUUGAAGCUGGUGUCUGAACUGAAAGUAAAAUAGAAAAUGUAAAACGGGAAGGAAAGAUAUAGCGCACACAACAUAUCUACCGCUUGGACUUGCUUUCAAUGAGAAUUACAUAUCUAUUACCUAAAUGUCUAUGUGUAUUUGGUGGGGUCUUCCAAAAAGUGACAUUUCAGCUUUAAAUCAGUAGUUGAUAAAACAUCUCUCGAAAUAGUUGGUGUUCACUCAAUACGUAUUUAUUUGAACUUUCCAAAGUGGCAAACCUUGCACCAGUCAAUAUGCCUUUGCUGUUUUUGGAGAGAUUUCCAUGGCCCAGUUUGCAGACAUACACAGCUCUGAGUGCUGUAUUUCUCGCUGGGUCAAUAUUGAGUGGCUACUGUACUGUCCCAGAGCCAGUAGAGUACACACAGACACAGAGCAGUACUCCUGUAGAAAGUGAUGAUGAUGAGGACCCAAUCACCAGCCUUAGCGAUGUGGCAGCCACUGUCCGGUUGUACCUGGUCUCAGACACUGUUUUUGUUUGGGUGAUGGUGAAUACAGCCUGCUGUGUCCUGAUGUUGAUUGCAAAGGUGAUCCAGUGCAUUGUCUUUGGGCCGCUCCGUGUCAGUGAAAAACAGCACCUGAAGGACAAGUUUUGGAACUUCAUCUUCUACAAGUUUAUCUUCAUCUUCGGGGUGCUCAACGUUCAGACGGUGGAGGAGGUGGUGAUGUGGUGUCUGUGGUUCGCUGUCCUCGUCUUCAUGCACCUCAUGGUCCAGCUCUGCAAGGACCGCUUUGAAUAUCUGUCAUUCUCACCCACCACUCCUAUGGGCAGCCAUGUGAGGGUUCUGACCAUGCUGGUGGGUAUGCUGCUGACCUGCUGUGGCCUGGCACUGCUCUGUGGUCUCCUGGGAAAUCCCCAUGACGUACACACCGUCGCCUUCAUGGCCGCUGAGUGUAUGCUGGUGUUCGUUAGAACUGGACAUGUCAUUAUCCGGUACUCUAUCCACCUGUGGGACUUGAACCAUGAAGGCACCUGGGAGAGUAAAGGAUCCUACGUUUACUACACUGACUUUGUGAUGGAGCUGGCUCUGCUGGGGCUGGACCUUAUGCACCACAUCCACAUGCUGCUGUUUGGUAACAUCUGGCUCUCUAUGGCCAGCCUGGUGAUCUUCAUGCAGCUGCGUUACCUGUUCCAUGAGGUGCAGAAGAGAAUCCGUCGCCACAAGAACUACCUCCGUGUCAUCAACAACAUGGAGGCCAGGUUUGCUGUGGCCACCUCUGAUGAGCUGGUAGCAAACAAUGAUGACUGUGCUAUCUGCUGGGACUCCAUGAUGACAGCACGCAAGCUGCCCUGUGGACAUCUCUUCCACAACUCUUGCCUGCGUUCCUGGUUGGAGCAGGACACGUCGUGUCCCACGUGCCGUAUGUCUCUGAACAUCAGCGAGGGGGCUGGAGGAGAGAGAGAGGAGAGGCAGAGGGAGCCAAUGCUGGAAGACAACAUGGGCCCUGGAGGCCCCGGGCCAGAGGCAAGGCCACACCUCAACCAGCACAACCACUUCUUCCACUUUGACGGUUCUCGCAUUGCCAGCUGGCUGCCCAGUUUCUCUGUGGAAGUGAUGCACACAACCAACAUCCUGGGCAUCGUACAACAGGCUAACAACUCCCAGCUCAAUGCCAUGGCCCAUCAGAUCGGAGAGAUGUUUCCGGAGGUUCCCUACCAUCUUGUGCUGCAGGAUCUACAGCUGACCCGCUCUGUAGAGGUCACCACUGACAACAUCCUGGACGGACGCAUCGUGGUUCCUUUCCCCAUACAGCCUGUGGAUCACUCCGCCUCCCAGGUCAACCCCUCCCCACAAGAUGUGGGUGGGGCUAACGGGAGUUCAGAGUUUGUGACCCCCGAGGUGGAGGACUUUGAGGUCCGAGGCAGCCGCUUCUCCAAGUCAGCCGAGGAGAGACAGAAGAUACUGCUACAGAGGAAAGAUGAGCUACUGCUACGAGCACAGAGGAGAUAUCUGAGCAAGAGCCCAGAGGAAAAUGCUGCUGCUAUGAACGAUGAUGAUGAGUACGAUGAAGGUCUGCCCUCUCUUGAGGAUGACAUCCCAGCAGGCUCAGUUUUAGACUCUAUGACCCUGCGACGCAGAAAGUUAGCGGCAGCUGCUGAGCGCCGCAUGCACGUGUACCAGUGAAGAGGCUGGACUGGGAACUAGGGCCAGGAUGAUACCAGUAUUGCCAUACUCAUUAGUAUCAUGGCAAGGAAACAAAACACAAAGCGGAUUUAACUUGUUUCGGAAAGCAUCCCUAAUGUUGGAUUCAAACGUAGUUAUGUUGUCAUCCAGAGUCACAUGUAUUUAUUUCCCAAGCUGUAGCAACAAUAUCUUGCAUACAGCAGGUUAUUAAAGGAUCAGAGUUAGAUCGGCUUCGUGUUUUCAUUUUUGUCAUGGACAUCUUUUUGUGAUACUGGUAUUGUCACAGCCCUACUGGGAACCAGUAAGAUUUAUACUGGUUACGACAGGUCUCACUGUACCACCAAACCUGCCCCUCUACAGUCCAUCUAGAAGCCGGAGUAAGUAACCUACUACUGAAUGGACUGUUUAUCUGUUAAAUUAAUCUGAGAAAUGGGCAUGAUUACAUUUUUUUCCCACCCUGUGUUUUAAACAUGAGGUCCCAGGCUUUGUCACAAUGGACCGUGACCGGGAGCCCCAUAGGAGGGCGCACAAUUGGCCCAGCACCGUCUGGGGUAGGGGAGGGUUUGGCCGGUGGGGCUUUCCUUGGCUCAUCAUGCUCUAGCAACUCCUUGUGACAGGGCCGGGCACCUGCAUGCUGAAUCCCGUCGUCAAUUGAACACAUUGGUGCGGCUGACAUCCGGGUCAAGCAGGCGGUGUGGUAAGAAGGCAGCCAGCCAGGCGGGUCAUGUUUCGGAGGACUCAUGACUCGGCCUUUGCCUCUUUCGAGUCCAUUGAGGAGUUGCAGAGAUGCCAAGGGACCUAAUUCGGGGAGAAAACUGGGUUAAAAAAAAAUAUAACAAUAACACCAUAACAACCAGAACACGCCUGUUCAGGCUCAAGCCUGGUUAGUACUGACACGGGAGACUGCUUGCCAAUACAUUAUUAGACAGAAAUCUCUAUUGUCCACAUUUCUGCUCUUAUCUCUACCAUGAAGAAACAUUGAACAGACAGUCUCCAUCUACUUUCGGAUACUGCAGAGUCUAGUACAGUUUGAUGUAGGAAAGAUCUAUUUUCUGUCCUGAAUACAUAUAUAGGCGCACAUACAGUCUUCACUUUUCAAAGAAAAACUUCAGUUCCAUUGCCUUGUGUAUUGAUAGUGUACCACUAUGAUUCAUAGCUAAAAGUCACAUUUUAAUUUGUAUUAUAAGGAGUUGAAAUAUGAAUUGAUUCUUUAUUUGUGUACAUGUGUAGAUGGCAUAGGUAGCAUUAGAUUGUCCUCAUGAUUCCUCAAAACCUUGGGUAAAGGCUUUAGCUGUGCCUUCGGAAAGUAUUCACACCCUUUGAUUUUUUCCACAUUUUGUUAGGUUACAGCCUUAUUAUAUAAUUGAUUCAAUUGUUUUUUUCUCCUCAUCAAUUUAUACACAAUACCCCAAAUAAAAAACAGAAAUAUCACCUUUACAUAAGUAUCCAGACACUUUACUAAGUACUUUGUUGAAGCACCUUUGGCAGCAAUUACAGCCUUGAGUCUUCUUGGGUAGAACGCUACAAGCUUGACACACCUGUAUUUGGGGAGUUUCUCCCAUUCCUCUCAAGCUCUGCCAGGUUGGAUGAGAAGUGUUGCCGCACAGCUAUUUUCAGGUCUCUCCAGAGAUGUUCAAAUCCGGGCUCUUUCUGGGCCACUCAAGGAUAUUCAGAGACUUGUCCCGAAGUCACUCCUGCAUUGUUUUGGCUAUGUGCUUAUGGGUCGUGGUCCUGUUGGAAGGUGAACCUUCGCCCCAGUCUGAGGUCCUUAGCGCUCUGGAGCAGGUUUUCAUCAAGGAUCUCUCUGUACCUUGAACUGUUCAUCUUUGCCUCGAUCCUGACCAGUUUCCCAGUCCCUACCACUGAAAAAUAUCCCCACAGUAUGAUGCUGACACCACCAUGCUGCCAGGUUUCCUCCAGACGUGACGCUUGGCAUUCAGGCCAAAUAGUUGAAUAUUGGUUUCAUCAGACCAGAGAAUCUUGUUUCUCAUGGUCUGAGAGUCUUUUAGGUGCCUUUUGACAAACUCUAAGCGAGCUGUCAUGUGCCUUUUACUGAGCAGUGGCUUCCAUCUGGCCGCUCUACCAUAAAGGCCUGAUUGGUGGAGUGUUGCAGAGAUGGUUGUCCUUCUGGAAGGUUCUCCCAUCUCCACAAAGGAACUCUGUCAGAGUGACCAUCGGGUAACAGUCUUGUUAGUUCCAAACUUCUUCCAUUUAAGAAUGAUGGAGGCCGCUGUGUUCUUGGGGACCUUCAAUGCUGCAGAAAUGUUUUGGUACCCUUCCCCAGAUCUGUGCCUCGACAUAAUUAUUUCGACCUCAAGGCUUGGUUUUUGCUCUGACAUGCACUGUCAACUAUAGGUCCUUAUAUAGACAGGUGUGUGACUUUCCAAAUCAUGUCCAAUCAAUUGAAUUUACCACAGGUGGACUCCAUUCAAGUUGUAGAAACAUCUCAAGUAUGAUCAAUGGAAACAGGAUGCACCUGAGCUCAAUUUUGAGUCUCAUAGCAAAGGGUCUGAAUACUUAAGUAAAUAAGGUAUUUCUGUUUAAAUGUAUUUAUAAAUUUGCAAACAUUUCUAAAAACCUGUUUUCUGCUUCGUCAUUAUGGGGUAUUGUGUGUAGAUUGCUGAUUUGUUUAUUUAAUCCAUUUUAAAAAGUCAAGGCGUCUGAAUACUUUCCAAAGGCACUGUAUGUAAGGAUUUCAUAACACAGGGUUUCCCAAACUCGUUCCUCGGGGGGCCCCAAGGGGUGCCCAUUUUGGUUUUUACCCUAGCACUACACUGCUGAUUCAAAUAAUCAACUAAUCAUAAAGAUUUAAUCUUUUGAAUAAGCUGUAUAGUGUUACGGCAAAACAAAUCUUGCACCCCUUGGGGUACCGAGGAAUGAGUUUAGGAAACGCUGCCAUAACACCUUCAUACCUGUACAUAGACAUCUACGUCUUGCUCAUUUUAUUUUGCAUUGCGAGAAGUAUUUGUAGUGAUAUUCUAUUAAAUUCAUACAGUGUUGUCCUUCAAAAAAAAAAAUUUCUCUGCAUGCAUCUGGAUCAUCAUGAUCUGCCGGAGGCUUCUCUUCCUAGUAUUCCCUAGUAGAGUUGCAAAAUUCCAAAAAUCAUGGUUGGAAGGAUUCCCAGAAUCCAAUUUUUCUGGAAAACCUGGGAAGUUUGGGACUUGUGUUUUGUGGUUACAACUCUCCUGAAAUGGACAGAUUUUUACGUGUCACAAAACAUUAGGCUUGGUCUUUGUAGACCUUGACUAUACUAUGAUGUUUGUGUUCUUGUUUUGGUUGCACAUUUGCACCUUGAAACAGUAUUCCUUGAUAUAUAUAUAAAUGGCACGGUAUCCAUUGGACUAUCAACUGGAUGAUGGAACUGUUUACAGAAUGGUUUGUAAUUUUUUUUAGCAAAAGUGCGUACGUAACUAAAUCAUAGGAAUGCAUUUUGUUCACUUAAUUUGUGCCUAAAUUCAACAGUGGAUCAAGAAUUAUAUAUAUCUAAUUUUUUUUUGUAAAUACUUUUGUAAUGACUGUAUUAUACAUGUGAAAUGACCCUGUACAAAUACAAUGCAUAGCUACUAUAGAUGCUUUAACCCUGUUAUGUAUUGGCCUUGUUUUAGAAACAGUAGUUUUCUUUACAACUGCACUUCGGCUUCACAUGUUGGAGAAAUGGGUGGUUUUAAACCUUAAAUGGGUCAUCCAGUUGAAAUCCUGCAUAGCUCUAUACUACACAUCACGCUAGUUUCCGCAUUCUCAACUUCUUUGCCCCCCACCAGUUUGGAUCCCUAUACAGUAUUACUAUGUGACUGUGUGUAAUUUUUCACUAGAGGGCAGUAAGAGUACACUACAGUUUCCAAGGGAACGUUCACUGUCUCAAUCAUUGAGGGUCAAAUGCUCCCUCUUCAUGAUACACUAUGCCCAUGUUAAACAGAACAAAAAUAUUUUACAGUAGAGACUGUUGUAUAGAGCACAUUCCUGGUAUGACCAGUUUUAAAGCCUAUUACUGGCUGUUAAGCUUCUAGCAACAACGUAUGUAACUGGUUUACGAGCAUUCAGAUUCAAUAUGAUUGCUCUUUUUCAGCUAUGCACCUUUUAAAGGCAAUGUUUUUCCCCCCACAUUCGCGGAGACCUCAUUAACGGUAAACACUACUUAUGUCGGCUCAAUCGGAAAUUACCUUUAAAUGUCAAUUGCGCUAUAAUGCGAAUCUCCCGCAGUCUAGCCUGACUUUGUGUACCGGUAUUGUAUGAGGAAUGCUACAACUCCUGACCUCUCACCGUAACAAUGGCCUUCAUCCAGUGAGACUGAUUGAUGGUUUGUCUAUGUCUAACCAGGUCAACCAAGGUCAUGGGAAGUUGAGGCCUGUGUAUGUCACCAUCCGUCUGUAACUGUCAGCCAUGCAUGCCACCUCUCUGUAGCUUCUAAAGACUGGCAUCAAGGCCUUUUGAAUUGUUUUAGGACUAGGUAAUAGAGAGAAAGGAGAGGCAUAUUCAGAUAGAGGGAGGUAGAGGUUUACUGAACAAAAAUAUAAACUCAACAUGCAACAAUUUCAGUUCAGUUACAGUUCGGUAAAGGAAAUCAGUCAAUUGAAAUAAAUGAAGUAGGUCUUAAUCUAUAGAUUUCAAUGACUGAGAAUACAGAUAUGCAUCUGUUGGUCACAGACCUUAAAAAAGAAAAUUAGGGGUGUGGAUCAGAAAACCAGUCAGUAUGUGGUGUGACCACCAUUUGCCUCAUGCAAUGCGAGACAUAUCCUUCGCAUAGAGUUGAUCAGGCUGUUGAUUGUGGAUUGUGGAAUGUUGUCCCACUGUUCGAAGUUGCUGGAUAUUGGCGGGAUCUGAAACACGCUGUCGUACACAUUGAUCCAGAGAGUCCCAUACAUGCUCAAUUGGUGACAUGUCUGGUGAGUAUGAAGGCCAUGGAAGAACUGGGACAUUUUCAGGUUCCAGGAAUUGUGUCCAGAUCCUUGUGACAUGGGGCCAUGCAUUAUCAUGCUGAAACGUGAGGUGAUGGUGGCAGAUGAAUGUCACGACAAUGGGCCUCGGAUGUCGUCACAGUGUCUGUGCAUUCAAAUUGAAUAGAUAAAAUGCAAUUGUGUUCGUUGUCCGUAGCUUAUGCCUGCCCAUACCAUAACCCCACCACCACCAUGGGGCACUCUGUUCACAACGUUAACAUCAGCAAACCGGUCGCCCACACGCCAUACAUGUGGUCUGGUUGAGAGGCCGGUUGGACGUAAUGCCAAAUUCUCUAAAAUGACGUUGGAGGUGGCUUAUGGUAGAGAAAUUAACAUGCAACAGCUUUGGUGGACAAACAGCUUUCCUGUAGUCAGCAUGCCAAUUGCACACUCCCUCAAAACUUGACAUUUGUGGCGUUGUGUGACAAAACUGCACAUUUUAGAGUGGCCUUUUAUUGACCCCAGCACAAGGUACAUCUGUGUAAUGAUCAUGCUGUUUUCAGCUUCUUGAUAUUCCACACCUGUCAGGUGGAUGGAUUAUCUUGGCAAAGGAGACAUUUUCACUAACAGGGAUGUAAGCAAAUUUGAGCACAACAUUUGAGAGAGAGAACUAAGCUUUUUGUGCAUCUGGAACAAUUCUGGGAUCUUUUAUUUCAGCUCAUGAAACAUAGGACCAAUGUUGCGUUUAUAUUUUUGUUCGGCAGAAUUUGAGAGGAAGAGAAUAUGGAGUAGAUAGAGAAUAUGGAGUAGAUAGAGAGGCCACUGGGUCUCCGGCUGCAUUAGGAGCUCUGGUGAAUUCACACUGAGAAAGCGCCUAGAAGAAUAGAGACAAAUAUUUGCUUGUUUUCUCACUGUACUGAGACUGGGAAUCGGAGCAAACCCAAUCAACAGCUUAUUAAUAGUUUAAUGCUGGAUAUCUGACCUCUGUGUUAAAGCCUAACAAUAUUUUGAGAAAUAUCUAAUCAAUAUAUUUACAUAAUUUGCACCUAGAUUACCUAGUCGUGUUUGCAUUUGCAGAGACCUAUUCCGCCAAUUCCCUCCUUGGGUACACCCAAACAGGUUAUGAAAUGUGUGAUAACACAAAAUAUACACUGAGUUGUAUUAGCUAGCAUGAUUAGUCUCUUACCUCGGUAAAUUGCCUCUUCUUGCCACCAGUGUUGGAGAUAGAGAUAGCACCGGGUCCUAAGCGGGACAACUCCAGUGGUAGAACAGAGUGGUAAUUCUGCUGGUAUAGUGUUGCUGAGCCUCUUAUCAGGCUGACCGGCCUCUCAUUCUCUCUGCAGGACAAUGAGCAGCUGAAUUGAGUCUUAAUUGGUUCUGCACCAGUCAGUCGCUGAGGGGUGCAUGUGAGAUACAGUACCUGUUGGGGCUAUAGCUAGUCUAGCACUAUUUCCCAGACUCAUGGUGCUCCAGUGGCUGUGGGAAGAGACUAGGCUAUAAUAUCUUGUACUAAGGUAUAGCUAUACCUCAAAGGCCCUGGGGGUUACAGUAUUCACCCCCAGUGUUACAAAGUGGGAUUAAAAUGGCUUUAUUUUUGUAAAGUGGAAGAAAAAUGGUAACUUUUAUUUAAAAAAAUAUAUGAACAAAUGAAAAUAAUAUCGGUAACUUUUAUUUAAAAAAAUAUAUGGACAAAUUAAAAUAAUAUCUUGAUUAGAUAAGUAUUCAAACCCCUGAGUCCAUACAUGUUAGAAUCACCUUUUGACAGUGAUUACAACAGUCUUUCUGGGUAAAUCUCCAAGAGCUUUCCACACCUGGAUUAUGCAACACCUGGAUUAUGCAACUGUCAAAUUGGAUGUUUGAUAAUUGCUAGGGGAAAAAUGGUUUGUUUUUUUCAAGCAGAUUUAAGUCAACUGUAACUCGGCCAGUCAGGAACAUCCACUGUCUUAGUAAGCAACUCCAGUGUAGAUUUGGCCUUGUGUUUUAGGUUAUUGUCCUUUGAAAGGUGAAUUAAUCUCCCAGUGUCUGGCCACCACCAAUAUGCUUGAAAAUAUGGCGUGGUACUCCGUAAUGGGUUGGAUUGGAUUUGCCCCGAACAUAACAACCUUUUGUCCUGAAUACAAAUUAUUAAUUACUUUGCCACAUUAUUUGCAGUAUUACCUCAAUUCCUUGUUGCAAACAGGAUGCAUAUUUUUGAAUAUUUUUUAUUCUGUACAGGCUUGCUUUUCGUUAUGUUCAUUAGGUUAGUAUUGUGGAGUAACUAUAAUGUUGUUCAUACAUUCUCCGUUUUUUCCUAUCACAGCCAUUUAAACUGUAAAUGUUUUAGUCAACAUUGGCCUCAUGACGAAAUCCCUGAGCGGUUUCCCACCUCUCCGGGAACUGAGUUAGGAAGUUUGCUUGUAUCUUUGUAGUGACUGGGUGUAUUGAUACACCAUCCAAAGUGUAAUUAAUAACUUCAUGCUCAAAGGGAUAUUCAAUGUCUUUUUUUUCUUCUUUUUUUUUACCCAUCUACCAAUAUUUAAAAAUAUAUAUAUAUAUUUCACCUUUAUUUAAUCAGGUAGGCCAGUUGAGAACAAGUUCUCAUUUACAACUGCGACCUGGCCAAGAUAAAACCAAGCAGUGUGACAACAACACAGAGUUACUCAUGGGAUAAACAAACGUACAGUCAAUAACACAAUAGAAAAGUCUAUGUACAAUGUGUGCAAAUGAUGUAAAUCAAAUCAUCAAAUCAAAUUUUAUUUGUCACAUACACAUGGUUAGCAGAUGUUAAUGCGAGUGUAGCGAAAUGCUUGUGCUUCUAGUUCCGACAAUGCAGUAAUAACCAACAAGUAAUCUAACCUAACAAUUCCACAACUACUACCUUAUACACACAAGUGUAAAGGGAUAAAGAAUAUGUACAUAAAGAUAUAUGAAUGAGUGAUGGUACAGAACGGCAUAGGCAAGAUGCAGUAGAUGUUAUAGAGUACAGUAUAUACAUAUGAGAUUAGUAAUGUAGGGUAUGUAAACAUAAAGUGGCAUAGUUUAAAGUGGCUAGUGAUACAUGUAUUACAUAAAGAUGGCAAGAUGCAGUAGAUGAUAUAGAGUACAGUAUAUACAUAUACAUAUGAGAUGAGUAAUGUAGGGUAUGUAAACAUUAUAUUAAGUGGCAUGUUUAAAGUGGCUAGUGGUACAUUUUUACAUAAUUUCCAUCAAUUCCCAUUCUUAAAGUGGCUGGAGUUGAGUCAGUAUGUUGGCAGCGGCCACUAAAUGUUAGUGGUUGCUGUUUAACAGUCUGAUGUCCUAAGAUUAGGGAAGUAAGGCAAUAUAUAGGCCUUUGAGGCGAAAUAAUUACAAUUUAGCAUUAACACUGGAGUGAUAGAUGUGCAGAUGAUGAUGUGCAAGUAGAGAUACUGGGGUGCAAAAGAGCAAAAAUAAAUAAUAUGGAGAUGAGGUAGUUGGGUGGGCUAUUUACAGAUGGGCUGUGUACGGGUGCAGUGAUCGGUAAGCUGCUCUGACAGCUGAUGCUUAAAGUUAGUGAGGGAAAUAUAAGUAUGUGUGAGGUAUUGAAAAAAACUCUGGUAUUUGUGGUUGAAUCUGUGUUUGAAAUUCACUGCUCGACUGAGGGAUCUUACGUGUGAAUUGUGUGUGCAGGGUACAGAGAUGAGGUAGUCAUAAAAAUUAUUAUUGCACAGUCGAUUAACCUUAUUAUGAAACUUGUUAAGCCAAUUUUUUUUCCUCCUGAACUUUUUUAUGCUUUCCAUAAUAAAGGGGUUGAAUACUUAUUGAUUCAAGACAUUUCAGCUUUUAAUUUUUUAUUAAUUUGUAAUAAAUAAAUAAAAACUGAAUUCCACUUUGGUAUUGUGUGUAGGCCAGUGACACAAAAAUAUUGAUUUAAUCAAUUUUAAAUUCAGCCUGUAACACAACAAAAAGUCAGGGGGUGGGAAUACUUUCUGAAGGUACUGUAUGAAUCUUAUCUAGUAGGCACGCUCUCUGUUACUGUGUGUACCUUUUGGCUUGGAUUGGGUUGAGUGUUCAUAUUAUGUAGUCACUGUGAGCACUGAACUGGUUCUCAGCAAAUAUCUCACUUAGAAUAUUUCUUAUAUUUUCCCCCAUUGCUGCUCCUAUCUCGUUUGCAUCUCUCCCUCCCUCCGCUGCUACCUCCAAUGGGGUAAAGCCAUGGAGUUAGGGCCUGGGGCUAAACGCCCUGCGCGACCCCCUCUGUGUGUGGAUUCCACUUGUCAGGUGAUGGUGGAUAUCAGAAUCCAUAAUUUAGCGCAUGAUGCCUCCCAGAGGAGGCUGUGGUUCAAGAGCUGGUGACCCAAGUCUCCCAGCAGCACAUCCACUGUCAUAAUGCCUUGAAUAAUCACAUUUUCAUGAAUAUUAAAGCCGCCCAGAUAUGAAAUGCAGUCAGAUCAUUUUAUUCUACCCUUACAAUCUACAACAACAAGGCAGAUGUAUCUCCAUGCAGUCCAGACUCUCCCUGAAAACAAACCAAUUUGCUCAAUGAAUUGUGUGAGUGGCUGGUGAACCAUUACUUAUGCACUGUAGGUUCACUGCAUAAUGUAAAUUAACCAAAAUCAAUAGAUCAAGGUUCAUCUCAUCUGCUAUAUUUAAACCGUAAGAGCUAGAGUGCGCUGGAGUCGAGGUGGUCUCACACCUCCGUGGUUGAAAGCCCCCAGCCCCAGUGCUUUUGAAGAUAGCAGGAUAGUCAUCGCUGACAUUUGGAGGUAGCGCUCCUCCAUGCGUAGGGGAAUUGAAUUUCAGAUGGGCAUCGCUCAUAGUGCCAUGACCUGUGCUCAGUUUAGACAUGUUGCAGCAUGAAUAACCAGUAAAGUGUAAAAGGAAAUCGCUCAGACUCCCCAAACAUCAGGCCCUGAAAUCCUCCUUUAAGUGAUUUUGACACAAAAAUCCACUUUCCUCAGCGUUUCGCCACUGUUAAAAUCACAUUCUCUUCACUCGGUUAUAUGAAUUCAAUUUACUGUUUCAUUUCUAUUGCUGUGUCAGUAAUAUGAUUGUCAUGUUCAAUAAGAUAAUGCUGCUCAUCCAAGGGAUUCCUGGGGUACUGGAAUAAAAGGCUGUGACAGAA